AUGAUGGCGUUUCGGGAACUCAUAAAAUCGAUCUCGGACCCGACCCGAGUCGAGGGAAACGUCCUCGCCGGGAGCCAUAAAGCCGACCGGAAUUUUUCCACCCGGCCGAUAUUGCUUUCCGAAGUUUUCUCGUGGUUUCACGUUCGUAUCGAUCUCGUCGUCGAGUGCGUCUCGCUCGAGGAAGCGGCACGGCGAAAAAAGUCCGAACGAGGAUUCGAGUACCGUUGCCGUCUCGUCGAGAGAGUCUGCCGCGAUGCGACGCUUCGAAGAUCGAACGGAAUCGAUUCGUUUCAGUGCCAGAGCCGACACCGAGACCUGGUGCAGAGUCCGAUGUACCGCUGGAGAGAGACGACGACCUCGGGUUCGUCGUUGGACGACUGCGAAGAGGGAUCCGAGGAGGGACGUCCCCUCUCGUCGCACUUCGGUCCCAUCUACACUCGACCCGCGCUGACGGGGAAUCUCGUUCUGCUCUGCAUCUCCUUCACUCUGGUCCGUUCGGGAUUCUUCUGCUGGCUCGGCUUCCACACGUCCCUCGUCCCCGACGACGAAUCGAGGAGUUGGGCUCCGAUCUUGCUCUACGGGACGGCCGCGAUCGGGAACCUCUUCAACGGGCCCGUGUUGGAGAAGAUGAAUCCGAAGCAGACCUCCGUGGCCGGAUCUCUCGUCCUGGCCGUCGCCUUCUUCUCGUACUAUCCGUCGGUGUCGCCGAUCGUCGCCUCGGUGACCGCUCCCGUCAUGGGUCUGGCCUUGGGGAUCUCCGCGUUCGGUCAGAUCGACCUGGUGGUCACCGUCGGCCACAAACUGGCCGCGUGCAGUCGACCCGGAACUCGGGCCAACGCGGUGCUCAACCGGGUCGUCUCCAUCUUUCACGUGUGUUCCAGCAGUAGCCACAUCUGGGGGAACGCCAUACUGUCGCUCAUUUUCAUCCUCGCUCACCCUUUCGUCCAGACGUCGAAAGAACAGCUUCCUUCCAUCAAGGGACUUUGCGGGUCGCAUCACUGCUUUCCGGACUCCCUCGUACCGGAUCGCGGCCAGAGAAACGUAUCUUCUGGACUUCCCGAGGGACCGGAGUCUCCCUGGACGGCCGUGGUGGGUGUGAGCGCGACGUUGGCGUUGAUGGGCAGCGGAGCGGGAGUGUUGCUCAAGGAGCUGAAGGGAGCGACGGUCCAGGAUCCGAAGGGAAGGAACCCGUUGCAGCGACAUCUCCUGGAUCUCCGAGAAAGCAUGAAUGACCUCACCGUGCUCUUAACCCUUCCUCUCGCCUUCUUCUCCGGCCUCGAGUUCGCCGUCUACGUCACCGAUUACACGAGGGUGAGAACCGUUUAUUUAUAUUUCCCGGGGAAGCAGGCCGGCCCGCCGGGUCUCCGAGGCGACCGGACCGUCUCAUCCGACGAGGCCGAUGUUUGUUUCGUCAGGACGUCGAGACGAUCCGAUUGGAAGUCACGAUUCGACGAGACGAUCGAGACGACUCGAUCCCGGACGGGAUUCGCGAUGCAGGAAACUCUCUAUGCUCUCUCGUUUGCGACGAGGAAUCGCGAGGCGAAACUUCUCCGUUGGUACGUGACCUGCGCUCUGGGCUACGAGUACGUGGGUCUGGUGAUGACGUCGUACGGGAUCCCGCACGUGAUCGGUUGUUACGUGACGAGCCUGCUGACGCGAGGCGGAAGGCGAUUGGCUGUCCUCUGGGGAAGCACGGCGUUCCAAGCCGGAGUGUUCCUCGCCCUCCGACUGUGGAGUCCCAACCGAGACGAUCUGGCCCUUUACUACGUGGUGGCCGGGGUGUGGGGCAUCAGCGCGGGCAUCCGAGCCACCCUCUCUCACUCCUUCCUGUUCUCCGUCCACGGAGACGGGUGGAAGAGUCCGUUUGCGGUGCACGGGGCGUGCGUCUACGCGGGAUCGGCCGUGGGUCUCCUGCUCUAUCACACCCUGUGUCUGCCGGGGAAACUGUGGGCUCUGGGCGUGGCCAUGAUCCCCGCCAUCACCGCCCACGCCUGGGCCGAGAUCGGAUCCUCCAAGUCCCACCCGACUGCCUCCCUGUAACGUCGGCGUUCCGAACACGGUCGAUGCGCUCUC